AUGUUGCAUCAACGUGUUCACACCGACGAGAGACUGUUCAGGUGCUGUCUCUGUGGGACUGGGUUCAGGCGGUCAUUCCAACUCACUGUACACCAGCGACCACAUACUGGGGAGAGACCGUAUAGCUGCACUGAGUGUGGGAAGGGAUUUGCUCAGAAAUCCAACCUGCUUAAACACCAGCAACUUCAAACAGAGGAGAGAGCUUUUCAAUGCCCAGAAUGUGAGAAGUGUUUUAAAAGGUCUGGGGACCUGAUGUCAUAUCAACGUAUUCAUAGUGAUGAGAAACCAUUCAAAUGCUCUCACUGUGGGGCUGGGUUCAAGUGGUCAACCCAACUCACUGCCCACCAGCGAUCUCACACAGGAGAGAGGCUGUACACCUGCACUGACUGUGGGAAAGGAUUCACUGUGAAAUCCAGCUUGCGAAAACACCAGCGAGUUCAUGAGCAUUGA